AACACGUGAAAAACCUAUCGAACGUAAAAAUAAUGACUCCAAGCACAGGAAAGAAAUUCAAACGAACCUUAACGUCAAUGCGAUUAAAGUGGCCAACCUGCGACCCCCAAAAAUUUUUCCUCUUCGCACAAUUGCGCAAGCACUGGUCGCUGAUCCCUCUGGUAGCGCUUAAUUGUCUGAUAUUCACAGCCAUACCCCUUUUUGCCUGGCACAGGACCUUCGUGACUACUAUCGACGUACAACUCGGUAAUUAUCAGCGUUGGGAGAUACCGACGGUCCCGCGGUUCUUUGACCUACGUAAUCCUCGCAACCUUAAGCAGAGAGCUCGUGCCGAUCCGGUUUCGCGCAACCUGGACGCCACCACCAACGGCACAUAUACCGCUUUUCCGUUUUCUCUCGUCUUCGAGGCUACUACAUGAAGAAAGAGGAGAUAACGGAGAGAAACAAAUUGCGUGAGAGAAAUAGAGAGAGACAGAUAAAGAGAAUACGAGAAAAUAAUUGUUAAAUAAAAGUAUGCGACGAAAUUCAAGAAAGAAAAAAAGAAAAAAAAAACCGAGCAGAGCUCUAGCUACGGUGCGUUACGUGUCUCGUUCCCUGUACACAGUACACUCAGCGCCAUGAGUCUUAUUAACAUUUAACUCGAAAAAUAAAAAAAAAAAUAAAAAAUUCAAAAAUUAACUUUCUCUCAAGAGUUCGUAUACACCUUACUCGUGCGUACUUAAUUUUUCAAAAAAA